AUGGGCUGCUGUGGCUCCAAUGAAGCGGAUCAGACAGGAGUCAAGAAGGUGGGGCGAGAGCGCAGACGGCUGAGCGUCGCGGAGGUAGCCGGUGAGACAGCCGGGGCAGCAGAUUCCGGUUCGGGGGAAGGAGGCAUGAUUGCGCAGCUUGAAAGCAGAUCGGUGAUCGACAUCAUCGAGAAUAUGGAGCUUGCUGGGGGUGGCCCCAAGGCGUUCAUGGGCUCCUGUACCGACACAGGGAUGUCAGGAAUGACCUCCUUCUCCAAUAAGUCUGUCCAAGUGCUUGGAGAUGACAUUGACCUAUGCCCAAAGGGCAUAGCCUUCACAUGUCGGAAAGGUCUGAAGCCAGAGAGUCCAAACCAAGACUCCUGGUGCUUACUGAAAAUGGAUACCUUCUCCAUCUACGCGGUCUUUGAUGGUCAUGGCCACAAGGGCCAUGACGUCUCGCAGUUCGUAAAGGACAUGCUACCGAAGCUCAUCCUCCAGGACCCCCGGUCGAAGUCACCGGAGGUCGGUUCAUGCCUCAUAGACGCCUUCAAGAAGGUUCAGAAAAUGGUCAUGGCUGCAGACAAGAUGAAGAUGCUGAGUGCACAGAUGUCUGGCACGACGGCAACUGUGUGCUUUCAUGAUCAUUUGCGCGAGAAGCUGACCAUCGCCCACGUGGCUGACAGCACCGCCGCCUUUGGGAUCAAGAAAGGCGAGAAGUGGAUUGGGACAUCUAAGACAAGAGACCACAAGCCCAACUUGAAGGGCGAGCGAGAGCGGAUUGAAAAGAAUGGCGGCAGGGUGGUCUUCGAUGGCUAUGCCAACCAUCGGAUCUACGCCAAAAACGCUCGGUAUCCUGGCCUGAACAUGUCGCGCUGCCUUGGAGACAUUCUGGGUCAUCUGGAAUGCGGAAUCACAUGUGAGCCGGAGAUCACUCCGGUAGACCUGGAGAGCGGGGCGGCGCAGAUUCUUCUCGUUUGCAGCGAUGGGGUUUGGGAGUUCGUCACUGCACAGGAGGCCGUCGAUCUCGUCAGCACGCGGCCUGCAGAGCUUUGCGAACAAGCAGCGGGACUGCUGGCCAAAGAAGCUUGGGAUCGCUGGAUACGUGAAGAAGGCGGCGCAGUUGUCGACGACAUAACAGUGGGCCUUGUCCACAUUGGCAAGGACAAAGUGCCGAGCAAGUGA